AGGUCAUGGACUUGUGAUGCUGCCAACCCAACAUAUAUUGACCCGCCAGCUGAUGCGCCCUGGCUUGCCCAGGGUGUAUCGUGUGGCAUGUGCUCAAGGACGUCGUUACAACUCCUUGGAAGCAGGUGAGAACAAUACUGGACACAUCAGUGUCGACGCCAAGGAAGGUGUACUGUUCUUCAACAGUGAGUCUUUCUGCCCAUCUACACCAACAAGCAUAUCUCUAAGCAAAAGUACCCAGNACUUGUAUCCUUUGAGACUGCAAUGGCUCCUUCGUCUACCACUUUUGAGCGCCGACAAAUUGUUCUCGACACUGACUGGGGGUGACAAGUCUAUGGGAGCUAUCGAUCCCCAGAAAGUCAUCAAGAGGGCACAGGAAGCUACCCCUGACAAGCCCGUGCAAGCGAAUGUGGUCGAAGUCCUGCCUAGAGUAAAAGAGGGCGGAGCUUUCGUCAAGUUCACGUAUGACUCUGGCUCGAAACUAGCCGAUAUCGAAGCUGCAGUACAAAAGCAUCUCCAGGAUCAUCAGGUGAAACCUUGGUGGGCGCCCAUAACCAACGUCCGAGCAGGACUGGUCAAGGGCAAGCCAUGGGUUGAGGACUUGUACCGCCUGCCUAGUCAGCGACUGAGGAUCGAAUUCUUGCCCACAGCGCCUGGAGGUGAGAUUGCAGAACUGAGUCAAGAACAGCUAUAUGCUUUCUUCAGACCUUAUGGAAAGUUGUCAGAUAUCGUCUCUCAGCCUUCAGAUUCGAAGGUCCUGCCCAAAUUUGCCAACAUCGACUUUACGGCGGUGAGAAAAGCAGUCAUGGCCAAGGGAGGUGGUAAGCUCGGGACAGUCUUCAGGAUCAGUUAUGAGAAGAAGCAGAAAGCAAGGUGGUUUAUCGAUUGGCUCACGAACCACCCUCGCAUAGCCAUUCCAGCUAUCGCCGCUCUCGUCGCUGGUAUUACCGUCGCAGUUUUCGAUCCUAUCCGUACCGCAUUCAUCAAGGGACACAUUACUAGAACGCUUCAUCUCGAAGACAACAGAGUCUAUCGCUGGUUCAAGAAGCAAGCAAGCGAUCUCCUUGAUGUUGUACGUCUCAGAUCACAUACACCUGAUGAAGCUGGAAUGGAAGCUAUUUGGGAAGAUCAAAGAGGAAACAUCAACCAGAUCAAGACCUGGCUAAUGGAAACGGCCGACACUUUCAUCGUAGUCCAGGGACCACGUGGAUCUGCCAAGCGAGAGCUGGUUGUUGACCAGGCCUUGAAGGACCGAAGGAACAAAUUGGUUCUCGACUGCAAACCCAUUCAGGAAGCUCGUGGAGACUCGGGCACCAUCAAUGCUACAGCGGCAGAAGUUGGUUAUAGACCUGUCUUCAGCUGGAUGAACUCGAUCAGCGGACUGAUCGAUCUUGCAGCCCAGGGAGCUACUGGUGUCAAGACUGCUGACUCAAGACAGGNNGCCGCCCGUGUCACCACUUCCAACAUUGCUCACGUAAUCUUCUUGACUCACGAUGUCUCUUUCAGCAAGUCGCUAUCUAAAGCAUUGCCUGAUCGUGUGUUCCGUCAAAUUAGUCUUUCCGACACGAGUAUCGAGGUUGCCAAGCGAUUCGUUAUCAACCACAUCGACUUCGAGAGUGAAGACGCAGAAGCUGGUAUCAAGCAAUUGACUCCCUCUCAACGUCGUAAGGACCUUGGAGAACUCGAUGGCGUCCUGCCUGCUCUAGGCGGUCGCCUCACAGAUCUUGAGUUCUUGGCGCGUAGAAUCAAGGCUGGCGAGACACCGCGCAAAGCUGUCCGCGAGAUCGUCGAGCAAUCUGCUAGCGAAAUCCUGAAGAUGUUCGUGCUCGGCCAGGAAGACGGUGGCCGUCAAUGGACACCACAACAAGCCUGGUUACUCAUCAAACAGCUUGCCAAGGAUCAAAGCAUUCGGUACAACGAGAUCUUACUGUCAGACUCCUACAAGUCCGGUGGCGAGAAAGCACUUGCAGCUCUGGAGCAAGCAGAACUUAUCGCCAUCCAAUCCUACAACGGUCGCCCAUAUGCCAUCAAGCCCGGCCGUCCAGUCUACCAGCCUGCGUUCGAGAAGCUGACUCAGGAUAAGGUCCUGCAGUCACGCAUGGAUCUCGCAGUCUUGGCAGAGGGCAUCAAGGCUGAGACGCAGAGUAUUGACAAGUACGAACAAGAGUUGCACCUUCUGGGUGAACUGCCGAGACAGCCGGCAGAGUUGAAGAGCCGUGUUAACUAUCUCUUGUCCAAGAUUAUGGCCAGCCAAGCCAAGGUCGAGGCAUAUGAGAAGCAGAGCGGUGAUCUCAAGAAGAUUUUGACUACAGAAUAC